UAUCGUUCUUAUUAUCAAGUGAGAGGAGGAAGUGGAGUUGAGCCGCUUGCUCGCAAAGGCAGAGGAGGAAAUCGAAAAUGGGACGCGCUAUUCUGUCACACUUUCUCAUCCUUUCAAACCCCGCUCCUCUACUCUCCUCUUCUUCAAUUUCGAAAUUGAAUGGUUUUGCAAGUAAAAGUGUGCGAAUUCGACAAAAUUCAAAAUACAGCAACGGUUUCCGCUGCUACUGCGAUGUCUCGCACUCUCAACAAAUUUCUCCUGAGAACUCUCCAACCUCUGUGACUGUAAAGAAGAGGAUAGUGUCUGGAGUGCAACCAACAGGAUCUGUUCACCUAGGGAAUUAUCUUGGUGCCAUUAAGAACUGGAUUGCUCUUCAGAAUACAUACGAGACUCUCUUCUUCAUAGUAGACCUCCAUGCGAUUACACUACCAUAUGAUACAAAAGAAUUAUCUAAGGCAACAAGGGAUACAGCAGCAAUUUAUUUGGCUUGUGGUAUAGACGCUUCAAAGGCUUCUGUAUUUGUACAGUCUCAUGUUCAUGCACAUGUAGAGCUUAUGUGGCUUCUAAGUUCUGCCACGCCAAUUGGUUGGCUUAACAGAAUGAUCCAGUUUAAAGAGAAAUCCCGUAAGGCGGGGGAUGAAAAUGUCGGGGUUGCUCUUUUGACUUAUCCAGUUCUUAUGGCUUCUGAUAUUCUCUUGUAUCAGUCUGAUUUUGUCCCAGUUGGUGAGGAUCAGAAGCAACAUCUGGAGUUGACCCGUGAACUGGCUGAGCGUGUUAAUUAUUUAUAUGGAGGAAGGAAGUGGAAAAAAUUGGGAGGGCGAGGAGGUGCUAUCUUUAAGGUCCCUGAACCACUUAUACCACCAGCUGGAGCCCGUGUUAUGUCACUAACUGAUGGUCUUUCCAAGAUGUCGAAGUCUGCACCUUCUGACCAGUCUCGAAUCAAUCUUCUUGAUCCAAAAGAUGUAAUAGCAAACAAGAUCAAGCGUUGCAAAACUGAUUCAUUUCCAGCCCUGGAAUUUGACAAUCCUGAAAGGCCUGAAUGCAACAAUCUUCUUUCGGUAUAUCAGCUUGUUUCAGGCAAGACGAAAGAGGAUGUAGCAAAGGAAUGUCAGGGUUUGAAUUGGGGCUCAUUCAAACCUCUCCUAACAGAUGCCUUGAUUGAACAUCUACAUCCCAUCCAGGUUCGGUAUGAGGAAAUACAUUCUGAUUCGGCAUAUCUGGAUAGUGUUUUGGAGGAAGGUGCCAGAAAAGCUUCAGAGAUUGCAGAUGCCACUCUCAAAAAUGUAUACCAAGCAAUGGGAUUCCUGCGGAGAUAGGCAAGCCUUUUUCAGAAAUCUUAAAAAAUCAACUUCCUUUGCCCAGCUUUACAUGGAACAUAACCAUGAGCAUAAACUUGGUGCCUAGGAGGAAUGAUCGUGUAGAUUUUUGUACUCGGAUUGAUUAAGGACUCAUUCAUUCAUUGUCUUUCUUCUCAAAUUCCAGCAGACGCCAUUGUCAUUGGAUCUUUAACUACUUCAAUGAACAGCGAAUUGAUGACAACAGCGGGCUAAAGGGUAGAUUAACUCAAUAAGACGUGAGCUAAAAGGGUAUAGAUGAAAUGACGGCAGACGAAGACAAGAGUCAUGGGUUCUGAAAACUUCAAAUUCUUUUUCUUGAGUGACACUCGAAUUUGAAACCUUUUUCUCGAUGGAGGAGGGUAGGGGUGUUUAUUCAUUAAUUUUUUUUUUUGAUAACUCGGGAUGUUUGGGUUAAUUUACAUACAUUAUGAUUAA